AAGGAUCGUUCUAUCAGCUGACCCACAACCACCCACCGUGGGAGAAAAAGACACACCAAAGUUGUCUCAGCCCUGACCGUCAGGCUGACAGAAACACAUCCGUGCUACAAUCAGCGCCACGUUAUUUUGUUUCCUACACACCCAAGAUCAAAGACAAAUAUUUCAUACAGGCAUUAUAGAAAUGAACCUGUAGCAUACUUAUUUACAACAGCAUUCGCACAGCAUUCACCCAUGGACGGUUAAUGCCUUCUUCUAUGUCAUGGGUACUCGUCAUCAGCGAUAUUGUCCUAUCUCCUAACUCAAUCUAAAUCUGGAACGACUUGUCUACGUCAUGGGCUCCUCCCCCCAGCCCCGUCCCGCCGCCCCCAUCUGGCGCUCGCUGCUCAUCCUGGCAGUCACGUGCCUCCUGUCGUCUGCGAGCGUGAGUUCCGCUGACGUGGACUACUCGGUGCAGGAGCACAGUCCGCCCGGCUCCCUCAUCGGCAACAUCGCCACCUCCAUCGACCUCGCCAACCUGGUGUCCCCGGAAAACCUGCCCCAGAUGAAAUACAGCUUCCUCAACACAGAGUCCUCCCUCCGGAAUCUCUUUGUGCUGGAUGAUAAAACUGGCGACCUCAGAUUGUCGCGGAGAACGACGCUGGACCGGGAGCUGGUGUGUCCGUUCUCCGCCGACUGCGUCCUUGAACUUCAGGUGGCCAUACAGUCCACCAUCAGCCAGUUCUUCCGGAAAGUCUUCGUGAAUGUUGACGUCAUUGACAUAAACGACCACGCCCCCACUUUCCGGGAAAACGUCACUAAGAUAACCAUUUCGGAAUCGGUUCAAAUCCCGACGUCGUUUCCUCUCCCAUCGGCUGUUGACGAGGACCGAGGGUCCAACAACUCGCUACAGGGCUACGAGAUCCUCCCUGCGGACGGACCUUUCCGGCUCUCGUACUCCAAAUCUAACUCCAAUCUGAUGUUGGAGGUUGUCAGCGAGCUGGACCACGAGAAGAGAGACAGUUACAGGCUGAAGAUCAUCGCUCGCGACGGCGGAGAGCCGGUGAAGGAAGGAGUUCUCACAGUGGAGAUAGACGUGGAGGACGUGAACGACAACAAGCCGGUGUUUACAGAGACCAACUACGCACGCACGGUCGACGAGACGGUGAGUCAAGGUUCGCUUCUCCUCACUCUCACGGCCACGGACGAGGACUCGGGCGACAACGGCAAAGUGCGGUACCACCUCCCCGAGCAGUUAGCGCACGUCAUGUCCAUGUUCUCCCUCAACGCCACAUCCGGGGAGCUGAGGCUGGUGGGAGACUUCCAGACAGCGGACACGGAGGUCUACGUCAUCAGAGUGGAGGCGAGUGACCAGGCGUAUACCACCACGACAACAGUGACCAUCAGAGUGGAGGACACCAUCAACAGCGAACCCAAACUCUUAGUCAGCUACCUGUCUCCGGACAAUUUUUCCUCUAUCACGGAGUACGCCAAUCUAGGCGUCGCUGUGGCUCACAUCCUCAUCAAAGACACGGACAGAGGCCCUAACGGUAUCGUCACGUGCCGCAUGGCCACCCCGCAGUACUUCGAGCUCCAGGGCUAUGACGUCAAAGAGUACAAGGUCAUCGUGGCUCACAAACUGGACAGGGAGACGAUCAGCGUGCACAACGUCACAGUGGAGUGUGAGGACGCCGGUCAGCCGUCCUUGACCGCUAGCAAGACGUUCCAGGUCAAGGUCACGGACGAGAACGACAACCCGCCUGCGUUCAAAGAGAGGCUGAUCCACGCCCGGAUAGAGGAGAACAACGAGCUUGGCGCGGAGCUGACCACCGUCUCAGCCAGUGACCCUGAUGAUCCCGCUCUGGGCAACGGUCGGAUCACGUACAGUCUGGAAGAUGUGAGCGAGGGGGAGUUCCUCAUUGAUCCUGUGUCUGGCACUAUCAAG